UAAGUCGCGCUUAAACAUUUUCACUAGGCGUAAGCCACCUGGGGAAAAUAUAAAUAGAAUUUAUAAAUAGUUUAGUGCGUUAGAAAUAAGAAUUCUGUGAAAAAUUUUACAAGUGCACAUACAUAAAUUAUUAAGAGGCGAAUUAAUUAGUUAAUUUGAAAACUUUAAGUAUGCCAAAUAAAUUGAGCUGAAAUUAGCAAUCGAAAAGUGCUGAUUGGUGGCAAGUGAAACGGAAGUGCAACGAAAAGUGUUAAAUGUUUAAUGAAAGUGCAACGAAUGUGAGGAAAGUGCAAUAACAGCAAAGUAAUCAACACAUAUGCACAACAUAACAGCACACAUGCAGCGCUGAUGAAGUGAAAAUUCGCCACUUUUUGCAUAUCUACUAUUUAUAGGCUCGCCAAGUGCAGUAAACAGGUUCAAUCCAGUACGCAUGCGCAGCUAGUAGAAAAGUGCACAACAGCUAGACACCCAACUUGACUCGACUAAAAAACAGACGUACACACAUAUGCAUAUACGCACAGGAGCAACAUAAUUGUUUUCAGUUAAAGUAUCAGUAGCAACCAGUUGCUUUAAACAACAAUAACAAAAGUCACAAAAUUGUAUUAAGAAUAGUCACUUCACAAUUUGUAUUUAUUUCGUUAGUGAAAUAGCAGCAACAAGUGAGCGCGCUGUGUGUUGAACUCGAACUUGACUUGAAUUUCGUCGAACGGCUGACUUUUCGUGUUGUUCGUAUUCAUAUUGAGCGGCGCUGGAAUUCCAAAUAUGCGCGCUGCUCAGCACUGUUGCUUCGCCUUUCGUCUCCUGUUGUAAUGUGUCGGCUUUUGUGUGGAGAUCAGCGUUUUUUACGUCACAGGCACACAGGCUUCAUGGUUUGUCGCACACUGCCAAGUCCCCGGUGGAACGUCAGCCACUUGUGCAGUGGCUGUCAUCUGCAACCGAAGUGAUUGCUGCCAAAGCGAAAUAUGCAACACCAAAGAACGUGAGCUGAUAGCUAAUCAUAUAAUAAACGAAAACAACAACAAAAACUUAGUGCAAAUAGUGUUUAAUACCAAAAACGAACAGCAAAAUGUUGGACAGUGCAAAGGAAACAAAAACAAUGUUGACCACAUACGAUGCAGCAGUGUUGGCUACGGCCAAGCCUGCUAUUGAAGAUGCAAAUAAAAGUGCAUUAAUUACAACAAACUCAACCACACCAAAUUCAUCGCCAUCAAAAGCAAAGACACUUUUCAGUUGGUUUCGCGGUGGCAACGCAAAACAAGCAACUAAAGCCGAGACUGCGCAAAGCGAACAAAAUUUCACAGAGACUGGUGCGAUUGAAGGGAGAGAAGUCCAUACAGGGAGUCGUGCCAAGUCAUUAUCGCCACAGACACCGACGCCGACGACCGCGGCGGCGGAACGCGACGUAACACUACGUGAAUUUCGUGGCGUACAAAGUUUGCGACAUUUGUGGAAUAAACGCAUUAGCGCUAGUGAGGACGCAACGCGACGACAAAACUCAUUAAGUGACAGCAAAGCGAACAAAUUAACAAAAUCCAUUGGCUGUUUGGUUAACGUAGCCAAGGCAACAGCAGAGUCUGCUGCGAGUGCUGACGAAGGCAUUGCCUUGAGCCAAAAACUCGCGCAAAGCCUACACGAUUGCACGCAAGUUGGCGUCGAUAGUGAAGCUGAAGCAUUAAAAGUAGAGACGCACGAGUCCGAACUACACUAUUUACAUCGGGAGAAGGACAACUUUUAUAAGUACAAAACGGCCGAGCAAGCAGCAAAACAUUUGACGCGCGAGGCGCGCAUGCGUAUCAAGAGUGCGCGCCGCGUCACCGCCGGCAUCGUAAGCAGUGAGACGCGCGACUACGAUGCGCAUUUUCCAGCAGUGCAGGCGAGUGACCGCGGCGAGCGCAUACAUUGGCUAAAAAGGCAAGACAUGGUAAAGAAGCGUCGUGAAAAUUCAGAAAUGGCAACUGUAAAUAGCCGUAUUAGCCAUGAAAAAGCCACAACGUUAUCAAAUGACGCAAUUGUUAUCGGUGAAAGAGUAAACACCGCAACGCGCGUCACAACAACAAAUGAUAUGGAGCCAACAACGCCAACCACCCCGCUCGAAUGGCGCGAUCACCCUGCCGAGUCUUCCGAUACCGAUACGCUUGCUGCCAACAAUUCACCUCGUCUUUCAGCCAGUCGUAAGCGGUACGCGCAACGCGAAACAGCGAGUACGUCGGUGGCGAAACGCAGUAGCAGCGAUUCGAAUAAAUCAGGCUCGCUUACGUUAUCAACAUCGGGUUCGGUAACUAGUGGCGCGACUACAGGGGGGCGUAGCGCGCGUCGUACCGCCUCCUCUUCAUCGUCCUCAGCAUCCGCGCGAAAAUAUAGUUUUAAAACACACACGCGCACAUAUCAUGCGCCUCGCAAGAUGAGUCAACGCGAUAGCUUCAACAAUGGGAGCGGCAGUGGUAAUGCGGCCACUUUGGUGCCAGGGGGUGGCAAUAUAGUUGCCAAACUGACGCAACAAUUCAAUGAAAUGAUACAAAAAGAUAAGAAGCUGCUGGAAGAAGUGAAGCGCAAGAAUGGUGUGCUCAUGUCACGCGGCGGACAUGUUUACAAAGUGGUGCAGAAUCCUAACGCCACACUGGACAGUAACAAACGCGUUUUGCCCAGCACAGCGCGGAGUGCACGCGAAUCAGAAGGGUCUCCUUCACGACCUUCAACCGUGCAGCGCAACAUAAUGAAAUUCGAAGGUAAUCCCGAGGUCGCUAAGCCUGUGGUUCCAGCGAAAAGUGCGCAUGUACUGCAAAAGCUGCGCGAACUCAACAGAGCGCAACAGUAUAGUCUGAACAACAAUGGUAGUGGUGUACCAAAGAACUUUAAGCUUUAUGCCACCCCCACAACAACAAAUGAGCUGCAGCUGAAACUUGAAAUGAAAAAAGCGCAAUUAUCGCUGCCACUCUCGUCGCCAUUAGAAGUCGUAACCGAAGAGUCGAAAACACCGCUAGAAGCAUAUGAAAAAUCCAACUGGAACAGUCCGUUGGGCAUGACACAGGUAAUCGUGCCCAAUGCAAAAAAUGUGGGAAGCACGUACGCGCUACAGAAUAACAGUAACAACGGCAACAUUGAUGACGCAAACACACUUAACGAAGUCGAGCAGCGACAAGGCGACGAUCUACAGCAAAGCGGUAAGAGUACGAAUGCAUUUGAUGAAUGUCUGGAUGGCCUCAGUAGCAGCACUGCGUCAGAGAUGAGAAUAUCCAACAGUAAUGAUUUAAGAACCGAUACGAACACACUUACAACUAGCAAUACAGACAUUGCUAUGGAAUGCAGUACGAUUUGCAUUAAGGCGACGCCGGCAGAGAACGCAAUUGAACCCGUUGCAAUUGAUGCAAUAACGGAGGCUACCAUAAAAGCUGAGCUUAGCAUUCCCACGACCGACGCGACACUGAAAACGCCAUUAGCUGACGUCGAUCGCAGCAAAGCAACUGUCACAAUUACAACACCAACGUUGGGAGAAAAGCCAACAACGGCGGAGAUAAUACAAACGCCGGCCAACGCAUCUCAUGAUGACCAAGUCGACGCUGUCAACGAUGAGAAGGCAAAGCAACGCAAACAUAAAUACGCGAAAAUUUAUGAAAAGUUCCGUUUUAGGUCACCAUUUGUUGGCGGCCAUAGUAACAAGAAACUGUCUUCGAAGCAGCCGACGUCGCCGACUGCAAUGACUGAAGAAAUUCAGAGACCAGUUACUGAGUUAGCUGAAGACGCCGCAUUAGCUAUAGAAACAACAACCACUACCACAAUAGAGACUGAUGAGAUCAAUGCGGACAAAAAUACUUUAAAUACCGUUAAUGCAGGCACACUGACCCCUGAACCAGAAUCGAAAUUACUGGACGCACUGGAAAUCAUCGAUCACAAAUUAAAAGAUCUCGCAAUCGAACAAAACGAUGAGAAUACUGACGCUCUUGUACUCUCACCGGAGGAUGAUUUUGAAAAACGUGUGCUGCCGAAUAACUCCUUUAUAUUUCAGGCGAGCACAAAACAAGUGCCAAAUAAUAAAUUGAUUGUGGCACAGGCUGUCAAUGUCUCACUUGUAAACAGUAUUGAGGGCGAGCAACUGAUGACGGAGCAAAAGGCACUGCUGCGUCAGCAAUGCGAUUACAGCGAACUGGUGCGUCCAUUAAGUGUACAACCCAUUUUGGUCGAACUUGAAGCUGUUAAAACGGCAGAAGAAGCAGUAGCUUCAGCAGAGCCCAUGUACGAACCCAUUGCUGGACACAGUGAUACUACAAAGACUGAAAAAGACUUAACGAUAACAACCAAUCCACUACCACAAAGCACCCUUAUGUAUACACCACCAAAAUCCUUCGUCUAUAACAGUUUAGCGGCAGCACAAGAGAAGAAAACGCAAGAAAUAAACGAAGGCUUGAUAGAAAAACUCACUGAGCCAUUAGCUGAAAGUAAUGAACUCUUUGACGACAUUUACCAAACUGUAGAGGAAGCUACAGCCACGACUACAUCCCCAGUGACUGAGGCCACAAAUCUCACACUCUUGGCUGACUACGAAUCCAUAGCGGGUUCCGCCGAACAAACAACGCAGUUAACGCAAGCGAUUGCCACGGCAAUAGCGAGUAGCAGUAAACCCUUGUACGACGGUUAUGAAAUCUGUGAGCCACCGCCGGACAUACCAACUGCACUUUCUACGGCUGCUAUGCCUCUAAACGAUAGCACUUCCAGCAAUACAAGCGCCAAGCUUAUGCAACAAAUCUCCAUGACCGUAGUCAACGUGCGUAAUACCAACGACGAACUGCCGGAGUUGCCGAAACCCAAGCGUCGUCUGCCCAAAUCGCCAAUGCCAGGCAAACGUUCGCCGAAGUCCGCAAGCAAGAACGCAGUGAUUCUUCGCGAAAGCAGUAAAACCCUUAACAGCAGAUCAGGUUAUAGCAAGAGCAGCAGUAAUAGCACAAUCCCUGCAAUGGAUGAUCAUGACGACGAACAUCAUUACUAUGCUGAUGAUGAGAACAUCUAUGACACCAUUAAGGGUUCACACUGUUACGAAUCGGUUCACACUGCUGACAAUGCAACGCAAAAAUCCAACAACACUACAACAAAAUGUGGCAGUGAUAACAUUUCGCUCACUUCAAAUUGCUACGAGAGCAUCGCUCAUUACCGCCGCAUUAGUAACGGUACUGUUGUCGGCCAUUUGACGGGCAGUAGUAGUGGUUCGACGCUUACCAUUUCAUCAGAUCACAAAACAAAUAGUUUAUACGAGAUGUCUGUGACGGCCAGCAUGUUCUAUGGCACGGGAAGUUUGGGCUCAAGGCAGUCGUCGACGGCGGAAAAAUCAAGUGCAAGCAUUUCCGGGCGCAUCGGUGGGGUUAAUAAUAAUGGCAGUGAUGAGAGUAGUGAUGGUCACGCUGGCACAAAGAACUAUACACAGUCGCAUUGUGGCGCGACAAGUGACAACAGUGAUGAAUGGGUGGAUAUAUCCGAUCCCGAAGCGGAGGGUGCAGAGCAAGUUGUGAAGCCGCAAUUUAUUGUUGUACGUGAACGCUCCAAAGUGCAUCGUAGCCCUGAUUGGUCGAAACGCGUCAGAGACAAAAGAUUACAUCAAAAGAAAGCGAUUAGUUGUAUCGAAGAUGACUCUGAUCACUACUAUGAGACUUUGUCGCCUUUGGGAAAUAAACGUCACUCCACGCUACCUGACCAACGUACAAAUAGCCAUAAUAAAUACAGUCAAGAUGUGCCACAUUUUACGAAAAAUGGCUCGCAGCGCAGUAAACAAUAUUCCGCCUCGAUGCAUGGGCUUGGCACAUUGGCGGUAUCGGAUGAUUAUGACUCCUUUGACACAGACACCGAUGAAAUUUAUGAAACCGAGGAGAAUAUAAAAAAUCACAAUGAUAGCGGCGUCGACAUACGUCAUGUGAAGCUCCCGGAUCCACCUCCUUCCACAAAUCAAGUGUACGCCAUUGUACGCAAACUUAAGAAUUUCAUCUCAAAUAAGAAAUCUCCCGUUUCCCAAACUAAGUACGGUGAUAGUCAACAAAAACUCUACGAGAAUUCUACACAAUUCUAUGUUAGUGGCAAUAUAUAUGAGAAUACACCAAAGACUAAAUCCAAGACACAGAAAAAUGUGAAAAAGACACCAACCGCGUCACAGGAACAAGACGUUUAUGAAAACACUGAGUUCCACAGUCCACCAGCCAUUGUAGUUGAUGAUAGGGCACUUAAUCCAGCAGACAAAACUCCCACUAAUCAAACUGAUUUGAAAGCCGAUGCGAAUGUUGCUACAUUGCGUUCCAAAUCGAAAUCGGGUAAAAGUUUCAAAUCACGUUUGCGUAAAAGUUUAGUUGGCUCCACAUUUGAUAUGAAACAAAUGUCAUCGUUGUCGCCUACACGCAGCACCUUUUACGUUGAAGAUCCGACAUACGGCGGGUCAGGCGAAUUGGAUUCUGGCUUCUCAGAGAAAGCCUCAUCUGGUGACCUACCCACAGCGCCCACAGUGCCUGUACUCGAGGCGCAGAGAUUUUCAACUGUAGCGCGUAAGGCAAAAAAAGAAGCGAAAGCUCUGAACUCGCAACGGCGACGUACAACGAUUGGCAUACGUCCACAGGAUCCCCCACCACCGCCACCCGUUGCUUCAUCGACCACCUCUUGGUAUGCUGAAUGUGGUGUUUUUAAAAAUGGCACGUGCGAACUGAUAAAUGAGUCAGAAAUUUCACUAAAUGAUAGUAAAAUGAGUCAAAGUGGUUCGUCGGUUUUUAACGGCAAUUCGUGGUACACCGAGGCGGGUCUGUAUCAAACUAGUGGCGUGUCAGUGGCAAGUUCAAGCGGUAGUUCGGGUGUGUCGACUGGUAAUGAAGGCGCGCCUGGUGAUGAUCUCCCACACAGCAUGUUCCAGAAUGAACCACUGUAUCAGAUCUACAACGCUGCUAAGAUAGAGUCGAUCACACGUGAUAUGGGGGCUCAUGACAGUUCAACGGACGGUUAUGAGGAAAUCGGACAGAAUGGUACGCGUGGUGAGGCACGCAUAAGUAGUCAGAAACAUCAGCGGCCAAGCGCUUUCCAAUUAAUUGAACCAAAGAACGGGCCAGCCCGUACCUUGUGGAGUGAAAUACCAGAAGUUAUAAACUCAUGUGUGCUAGCCACGCUUACACCACGCGAACGCAGUUUACAGGAGGCGAAAUUUGAAAUCAUCACCUCCGAGGCUAGCUAUCUGAAAUCGCUCAAUUUAUUGCGUAGUCAUUUCAUGAAUCAUCCAAUCUUUCGGGACACGAAUGUAGUGAGCGCACGCGAUCGCAAAGCGUUAUUCGCUUAUAUAGUACCCGUGCAUGAAUGCUCUGAAAGAUUACUUACCGAAAUGGAGUCAUGUUGGCAAGAUAAUAUAAUGCUGAUCGGUUUAGGUAAACGCAUCUAUACCAUGGCCGAGAAAUACUUUCAUGUCUACAUAUCGUUUUGUGAACAUCAAGGGCGCAUGGACCGCACAUUGCGUCGCUUGAAGGAGACACGCGGUAUCUUCGCGCAAAACCUGCAUCUACUCGAAACGAGUCCAACCUGUUGUGGCUUAAAUCUACACUCUUUCCUCAUGCUACCCAUGCAACGUAUUACGCGCUUACCAUUGCUGAUCGACGCCGUCUUCAGUAAAGUCAGUUCCAGCGAUGACGAAUACGAGAACUGGAAAAUGACGUUGGCCAUUAUGAAUAAGAUAGUGACACAAUGCAAUGAGGCAGCGAAUAGAUGUGAACAAGCAUACGAAAUUGAACGUAUUGCGCGUCAGCUGGAAUUUCCUUCGACGAUACGUGCCUUAGCUAUAGCGCCUGUAGGUGUACCUGCAGCUGGUUCAAAACCACGUUUCCUUGUGAAGUGCGGCGAGUUGACGCAUUUCAUUUGGCGCGGUGAUGACGUAAAACUUACGUUCGGCAAAAAAUUCUCCAAGGUGGCGAUCUACGCAUUCCUCUUCUCCGACUUGCUCGUACUAACAAAGCGUAAGGGCGAAGAGCAAUUCAUAGUCUUCGAUUAUUGCCCACGUAGCAUGCUAACCAUAUCAUCGGGCGAUCUAAGAGACAUUAGUCAGACGCACAAAAAUCUAAUACUGAUGACAUUGUUAGAGAAUCAUGAACGAAAGACUGUGGAACUACUACUUUCUUGCCCAUCAGUUUCUGAACAGGAACGUUGGUUGCAGGCAGUUCGACCGCCCGAACCGGAGACGCCUGGAGAAAAGCUUUACGAAUCCUGGGACUGUCCGCAAGUGAUAACAAAGCACGCAUACGUAACGAGAGAGCCGGAUGCGCUGAGUCUGGAGGUUGGCGAUGUCGUAAACGUAACACGAAAAUUGCCAGAUGGUUGGUACUUGGGUGAGCGCAUACGGGAUGGCGUUGUAGGCUGGUUCCCAGGCAGUUAUACGGAGGAGGUGAACUCAGCGCAUGUGCGCGCCCGCAAUUUGAAGCAGCGCCAACGUUUGCUGACCUUUACCGCCACAUAUCUCGAGUCGCAAAAGCGCAAGUAGACGAUUCAUAAUGGAACAUAGCAGUGUGUUUCAAGACGUUAGCCACUUUAAUAAAGUUGUCUGUCAAUAUUAGUGUAUUCGUAGCUGCGUUUGUGCCUUUUAUACAAUAAAACUAGUUAUAAUAAAUCGUUAAUGUUAUAAAUACAAUUUAUUGACUUUUCCAUAAGCGUCUUACUGCAAACAAUGCUUACAUAUAAUCGUAUAAUCGUUAAAAUUAUAUCUUAUAUAAUUUCUUAUUUAUUAAAAUUGUGAUAAAAUGAUAAAUAUGUAUGUAUGUAAUAAAAUUUUGCUUAAUUUUUUGUUUGAUAUUUCUUUAGCAAUUUUUAUCUGCAUUUUGAACUUCCGAAAGUGAAUUUAGGUUAAAGCGAAUAAAUGUUCAUAAAUUACCAUUCAAAUAAUAUAUUGUAAAUUAGUUUGACCCGACAAAAAGGAAUAUUUCUAGUUAAACGAAUCAAAUAUUGAAAAAUUAUGUUUAGAUAUAAUAUUUAGA